AAAAUCAGUUUAAAACAGAGGUGAUGAAACUUAAAAAUGAAUUAGAGAUGGCACAAAGAUCUGCUGGUAGUCGUGAUACUCGUUUUUUGUGUGAUGAAAUCCAUCAACUGGAAAAACAAUUAGAACAAAAAGAGAGACAAUUAACAGAUAUCGAAAAGGAGUUGGAAAAAGAGAAGAAAGCAAAUGAACAGCUUGCUGUUCGAAAUGAAGAUGCCGAAAAUGAAAACAUCAAAUUAAGGAGAGAGAAAAAAUGCAUGAAGAAGAAGAAUGAACAAUUGCGGCAGGAUGUACUUGACUAUCAGAGGCAAAUAGAUGCUCAAAAAGAAACAAUGCUACUACGAAGAGGAGAGGAUUCUGAUUACAGAUCACAGUUGUCCAAAAAGAACUCUGAGCUUGUCCAGUAUUUGGAUGAAAUUCAGAAUUUGACUGAAGCUAAUGAGAAGUUAGACAUUCAAAACCAAGAAAUGAGGAAGGAUCUUGAGGAAUCAGUGCAAGAAAUGGAGAAGAUAACUGGUGAAUAUAACAGAAUGAAACUAAUUGUGCAACAAUCUGAUAUUGUUAUGGAUCAAUUAAGAAAAGAGAAAGAACAGUACAAAUUUCAAGUUCAGGAGCUUUCAGACCAGCUGAAAGCAAAGAAUGAGGAAGAUGAUCCACUCAUGGCAGCUGUAAAUGCAAAAGUUGAAGAAUGGAAGAAAAUUUUGGCUUCAAAAGAUGAUGAACUCCUAGAGUAUCAGCAAAUGGUGUUUAACUUGAAAGAGAAAAUGAAAAUGACCCAGCUUGAUGGAGACAGAAACAAUAUGGUGGCCCUACAGCAGGAUGUGCAAAAGCGAGAUGCUCAGAUAAGAUUGCUUACUGAACAAGUCGAGCAGUAUACCAAAGAAAUGGAACAAAAUGCAUUUGUUAUUGAGGAAUUAAAAAAUGAUCUCCAGAAAGAUAAAGGUCACUCAUCUCUUGCUCAGCAGAAUCGUAUUGGGGAUAUGCAAGAAAAGUUAAAAUUGCUAGAAGAGAGAACUAAAGAGGCUGAGAAGUCAGCAGAAUUAGCAGAAGCAGAUGCUAAAGAAAAGGACAAAGAACUUUUUGAGACUCUGAAACGAAUGAGACACUAUGAACUGGGAAUAUAUGGUUUGGAAGAGGCUGUUGCUGAAAUAAACGAUUUAAAAAAGCAAAUCAAAAUACGAGAUCAUGGGAUUGAAACAUUAAUUAAGGAAGUCAAUAAACUUGAACUUAAAAUAAAUGAUUUUCUUGAUGAAAAUGAAGAACUCAGAGAGCGCUUAGGUCUUGAGCCAAAGACAAUGAUUGAUUUAAAUGAAUUCAAAAACAGGAAAUCACUGAAGCAGCAGCAAUAUAGAGCUGAAAACCAGAUUCUUUUGCAAGAGAUUGAAAGACUAGAGGAGGAAAGAAUUGAACUGAAAAAACAGGUUCGUAAGUUGGCUCAGGAGAAAGGACGAAGAGUUGCAACAGGAGGAUUGGAAGCUGGUGACAUGCACGUAACUGAUGCCUUUACUGAAGAGAAUGGAAUGAGUAAGAGGAAGUUGGAUUUCUUGAGCAGACAUGUUGCUGAGGUAAAAGCAAAGAAUGAGUAUCUUACAAAUGAAUUAAGUGUGAGAGAGAGAGAUUUGGAGAAGAACAGGACUGUAAUAGCCAAAUUUCAAUCUGAAUUAAAAGAACUAUCAGAAGAGAAUAAACAAUUUCAACAAGCAAUGAAAGAAGUAUUGCAAGCUGUCAAGGAAAUGCAGAAGGAUCCUAGUGUGAACGGAGGAGAAACAGUCUUAAUAAUCCCUAGUCUGGAUCGUUUAGUUAAC